CUGAAAACAUAAUUGUUAAUUUAAAUAUGAGCGAACACAGCGGAUUUCCAAUCUCCCAAGAGGGAGAAUUAUGAAGCAGUAUCCACUUUCUCAAGGAUUGAAGCCCUAAAUCACCGAUCCGAGGAGUCUUUAUGAACGAAGACGACUCCCAGAAUCCCUUCGGGUUCUUGAACAACAGUUCCAAGCAGAUUGGCUGUCUCAGCUCAAAGGGACAAGACGAAAAGGGACUUUCAGACUCUGAAAAACUCAAAGAAAACCUAGAAUUAGACAUUGGAAAUGAGGAUAACAUCGAUGAGCACAAGGAGCCCAAUGACCCAAUCCAGUCUGCUAAGAAGUCAACCAAUGUUGACUCUAAUCUCCGAAAUGAACAGAUUUUGGAGGACAAAGAGCUCGACCCGAUUGGAAAUGAACAGUUUAAGAAUUUUGACAAAGAAAUGGAGCCUGAGGUCCCUCAAAUCAAUAGAACCCUUGAAAAUGAACAUCCAAACCAUCUUGAUAGCCAAAAAGUGCUAGAUUUUGAAGAGAAACACGCUGAUCCAAGUCAGGUUAACGCAGAGGCUAAAAUCAACAGUGUAACAGAGCCUGAAGCGAAUGUUGACAGAACGAAUAGAGCCAGUCGGAAGAAAAACCCAAAGGUUUUUGGCGACGAAUAUGUUACCACGAUCAACGGCAGAAGAAGAACACCUCUUCAAAAAGACAUCGAAAAGUCAGAGGAAGCAGAGAUUCAACCAGUUAAAAAGAAGAAACCAGGAAGGAAGCGGGAAAAUAAAAUAGAGGCCAAAGCAGAAGUUAAAAAGAUAGAAUGGACUUACAGUGAGAUUAAAUAAGACCCUGAACCAAGCCUUGUCAUUUGAAUGGGAUGGCAGAGAGGUCCAACGAUACCAGCUUGGUACCAACCUGACAGCUGGAAUUUACUGGAGCAUAGUCUCUACUCAGUUCUUUCCAUUCGAAACCUAUAAUCUCGUUCAUAGCUUCAAAAAUUAUUAUGAUGAAGAAGUCAGUCAGAAGUGAAUCAACAAAGAGCUCACAGAAAAAGAGCUGUUUUCACUUUACAAUCUUGACAAAUAUGCUGAAAGACUCCAACUUUGCCAGGAGAAAAUGAAAACUGACCAACUUCUUGAAAGUUCUGCUAAAUCUCCUGCUGAAGAAGGCAAGGAUUCUAAAGAAGAGGAUAAACACGCAGAAAAGGUUGAGUCUGAAGAUAAUCCUAAUGAGAUUGAUCAGAUGAUCAAUUUCUGAGAAAAAUAUCUCAAAAGGGUAAAUUCUAAGAACAAUUUAAUGGCUGAAGAACUCUCUGAACAACUCAGGAACACUUAUGACCCAAUCAAAAGAAGGGAAUUUGAGAAUAAUAUUUUUAAGAAGUGGAGAGAGACAGGAGAAAUGCCUGGUGAUAACAAACUUUGGAAUAUCCACAACCUCACUGAUUCUGAUGAUUCUAUCUACCACGAUGUAGCUGCUUCCUUUCUAGAAGAUUGUGAUAAGAAUCUUGGGAGUUAUCUACAAAAUACCAAAAAUAUUCUGAUAGAUACAUGGCAUUGUACUGAUAUGGAGAACGAGUACUUUCAUUAUGUAGCCUCCAAGCAUCAAGAGAAGAACGAGAAGAACUCUCAGAAGUUAAUCCAGAGGAUCACUGAUAUCCAGAAGCAACUGCUUGGUGACUCAAAUGCAGAUAGUAAUGCCAUGGUUAAAAAUCAUCCCCUCACUAAGCAACUGAUCAACGAAAGGAGACAGAAGGAAGAGGACGCUAAGUGCAAUAUUUGUGGAAGCGGUGACUACGAAGAGAAUGACCUCAUCGUCUUUUGAGGCUUCUGAGGUAUCGCAGUUCAUCAGAACUGAUACGGCAUGGAAGAAGUUCCAACUGGCGACUGGUUCUGAAUUACAUGCUUCAUGUUUGGCAAAUUUAAAGGCAGAAAUCUCAAAUGUGCCUUAUGUCCUAAAAGAGGUGGAGCAAUGAAGCCUACUAAUAUUCAUAGAAAUGACGAAUUCUUUUCCAAGGUAAAAUCUGAGUUGAGCAAGGGAACCGAAGUAAACUUGGAUAAACUAAAGCCAACUCCUCAUUACAAAAUUUUCAAAACAGAGAAGAAAAACUCUAACUUGAAGACCGUUCUCAACUAUGAGCAUAGCUUUGUAGCAGACUGUAAGGAGAAGAAUCCUUGUGCGGUAGCAGACGAUCCAGAUUUAAACAACACAUUUUAUGAUAAAAUGGAUGAGAAUUACAAUUACAAGUACGAAAAGCAACAUGAGAUAGAGACUAAAUAUGCAUGGGCACAUUUAUCAUGUGCUAAUUUCAUUCAUGAGAUAGAUUAUACUCCUAAGUCACCGCUAAGGCUUGGCAAGCUCAAUCCAGAACGGUUUAUAAAGCCAUGCAUCAUCUGAUGCCAGACUGACGGAGCAGCUAUAAAAUGAUCCAACGAUGACUGAGACAUCUGGAUGCAUGGUGAAUGCUCCAGAAGAGCUGGAUAUUAUCUCGAAACUGCUAAGGAACCUAUUAAUCCUGACCAAGAGAAUAUCAAGACUGGCCCCAACUUUGAAGAUUUCAAAAUAUUCUGUGAGAGACAUAGACCAUUCAAGCUGAUCAAGGAAAUCCAAGAGCGCCACGACAGUGCUUGCAAAGAGAUGAAAACAUUCUGAAAAUCCGUUCGCAAAGCUCUGGAUGCAAUAGACAAAAUUCCUUAUAAAUGAAAAUCAGUCUCUGAAAACAAGCGCUGGAGAGAGAAGGACAAGAGGAUCUUGCUUGAUAGAGUCAGAGAGCGCUUCUUUCUCCUCAGAAAGCUGAGGAUAAAUAUAGUAAAGGUUGAUCCCACCAAGAAGAGAAAAAGAAAAACCAAAAAUAAGCAGAAAAUUCCAAAAAGAAGGAAAAUAGGUGAAAAUGCAGAAUCGAAAGCUACCAAUGAUGGAAUCUCAGUAGAUGGCUAUUCACUUGCUUCUCUCAACUGUGCUUCUAAGAACAUCAAGCAGAAGGAUGUGAUGUACAAACUAGCGACUCCAUGAUUUCCACCUGAGCCUGACUGGUCAGUCACUCUCUCCAGGAAUGACUUCCCUUGGUACGAUGUGAAGUUUGAUGAUUUCACCGCAAAAGAUUGCUUUGAAGUGUACAGAACUCUCAUCCCAGAUGAGGAAACUUUUAACAGAAAGAUCAGAAAGGAGCGCAACGUGAUAGUAAACAAACUUAUGAAGGAGAACAGGAAGCAGAUCAAGAAGGCAAAGCAGCAGGGCUUCAAUGCCCAGCCAUUGUCUAAGAAGCAACUCAAGAAAAAGGCAGAGCAAAUUAAAGAAUACAGGAAAGCUCAAAUAGAGGAAAGCAAUAGAAUGGUGCAUCUUCAACAUAAGAUGACAAAGGAAGAGGUUGUAGCCUACAAUGCUAAAAUUGCUGAAGAAAACUCUAUGUACUGAUACUGAAGAGGCUCUCAAGGCAAAGACCCAGAUGACUUCUACGUUGCUUGUGAUGGUGAAAACUGAGCUAAUAAUGGAUGGUAUCACUGGAAAUGAGUUGAGGAGCUCAAGUAUAUCUCUAAAGAACAGGUUGAAAAUGCAAAAGAAUGGUACUGUCCCUCUUGCAAGGAGAAGAAGAAAGUCUCUGAAGAACCAAAGAAGAACGAAGAUUCUUCCACUAAGAUACAAAUUUCUCUUGAUAUUUCUGCUAAGAGAAAAGAAGAUGAUGCGCCCCUAAUUUAAGUAACACUUCUGAUUAUCGAGGAUGCAAGAUCUAAGAUAUGCGACUGGAAGCUGGACCUUGCAAGAUCUAACUGCCAUCCGAGAAGGCAGCCAUAAUGGGUCCAAUUAUCCAUAACUGUAG